UACUAUAUAGCCAUAUAUCUCUUACUACUGAAAUCUGUGAAGGAGGGUUUCAUCUGUUUGCGUCGGUUAGACUUGUAUAUGCAGUUUGGAUUUUACCGUAUAUGAAGUCAGAUUGGAUUGGUUGCAUUUAUAUAGAGUUCGUGGAUCGUCGUAAUCAAUAACAUGGGAAACUUAUUUUCCAAGAGUGGGAACUUCUCUCCCGGAAGAAAUAAAAGCGGCAAAAAGAAUUCCAAGAAAUCAAAUAAUUCAUCUACGGAUAAAGAUCCUGUCUCAGGAGAAGAUAAGAAAACAGAGCAAGAAAAACAAGUUGUAGAAGAAGUACCCAAGGUAGAGGAGCAGCAAGCUACUACAAGCGAGGAACCGAUUGAACAGAAACAGGCAGAGUCGUCUUCAACUACUGAAGAGAAAAAGGAAGAGCCAAAGCAAGAAGCGGUCGUAGAAGUAGCGAAAAAAGAAGAACCGGCACAACAGGCAGAGGAAACGAAAGCCGAAGAACCAGCUAAAUCAGAACAAACACAAGAGGAAGCAAAGCCGGAAGUUGCCGAAGCAAAACCGGAAGAAGAGAAAGAAGUUACACAAGAAGAAUCAGCACAAGAAGAACAACCAGUCAUGUCGAAACCAGAUGUAUCAGCCGUUAUGGAUUUUGAUAAAACCAAAUUGAAACAAGUAACAACCGAAGAAAAGACUGACGCCAAAUCACAAUAUCUUGAAGAAAAAUCGCGAGAGCAGGCCGCUUCAUUUGACCACAGCAAGCUGAAACAAGUAGAAACACAAGACAAAUCUGUGUUACCAACAGCACAAGACAUUGUUCACGAAAAAGCACCACAGCAAGCUGCCAGUUUCGAAAAAGAGAAACUCCACCAUGUUGAAACUGUGGAGAAGGUGGCUAUGCCUACUGCCCAGGAAAUAGCUCAAGAAAAAGCGCCACAGCAAGCUGCCAACUUCAAAAGGGAAGAGCUUAAGCACGUUGAAACAGCAGAAAAAGUAGCAUUGCCAACUACCCAAGAUAUUCUCCAUGAAAAGACACCACAGGAGGCUGCUAAUUUCGACCAAGAUCAACUAAAACACGUUGAUCCAGUGGAAAAGCACUCCUUGCCGUCACAGGAGGAUAUAGCGGCAGAAAAGACUAUUCAAAACAUAUCCCUCUUCCGCAAAGAAUCUCUAAACAAAGUUGACGUCGAAGAGAAAAACACUUUGCCAACCAAGGAAACCAUUGACCAGGAGAAAGCUGAAGCCUGAACGAAUAAAAAGAACUCGUGAAAUUGAAAACGAACGACAGAGUGAAAAUAACUAAGAUGAUGUUCUUUAUUUUCCGCACCAAACAUUCAAAUUAAACUCAAGCAGUGUCAGCGGCAUUCCGCAAUAUUCAAUUUAAAUGUCUUAACCACGUCGGCUGCUUUAUUUUUAUUUUUUUGUCUUGAACUGCUAAGAAUCAUCGUAAAUUUUGAAUUAUAUAAGCUUGGUUUUGUACAGUACGUCCUCAUCUCAAGGCAAGUAUGUACAGCGCCUGAUGGCAUGGACAUUUCAAACCAUAUAAUAUUAGUUUAUGUUCACGUUUGGGUCAAUUGUUGUAUUAUCUUUCUAUCGAUGGUAGAAUGAACUACUCGCGUUCGUCAUUUGGCGACACCCGCCUGUCCACGUCCGAAUUAUAUUCAACGCAAGCUAUUUUGACCAACUGGAUCAAUUUAGAGCUAACUACGGACAUGUCAAAUUUCGCGUUAUUAAUAUACGAAAAAACUCAUUAUUUCACUGCGAAACGGGAAGGGUAAUUUUGCUUGUCUCAAUCUUUUAAUAAUUCUGUUUAUGAAAAUCAUGUCUAAUUUCGUUGCAUAUAGUUUCUCUGGCUAUCACAACUUUAUAAUUAUCUUUGUAUUGCGUUUAUUGGUAUAUCUGUAUUGUCUUUUUUAACGAAAAUCAUUCGAAAAAAAUUCUUGAUAACCCUGCAUUUUUCAAAUAAAAAUGGAUUUAUAGGGGUGUGGGGCCCAGUUAUAAAACAUGUAUGAAUUUGUAUUUUGACCAACCUUUGGCACGGCUUGAUUGCUUUAUAAAUAUUUAGUGGUCAUAUGUGAAUUAUAAAAAAAGAAAGAUUGUUUAUUAUUGUUUCAUAAUUGUCGAUGUAUUAUGACGUAACAAUUUAUAAUGUUGUUAAUGAGAUCAACUAACAAACGCCAGAUUUGUGAUUUAAUAUUGAUAUGUAGAUUAAAUCCAACUACCCGAAGUGAUGAAUGGUUGUAAACUAUGUAGUAUUAUAUCGAAAUAAAAACAAACUAACCCAACCGGUGUGUACGCAUACGCGCAGUGUUUAUCUCGAAAUUGGCCGUUUUUUCAACGGAUUCUUGUAAUAUUUGUUAAUUUUAUGUAAAUUCCCAAAACGAUGUAGGAUAUAUGUUAUAAAUUAAAAAUCAUUUUGUUGGGAUUUUUUGAUUGCUUUCCUAAUAUUUUCUCAUUUUUUGCUCAUUGUGUGCUCUGGUAACCAAUUAUUUUUUUUCUCAAAUUUAGGUCGAGAUUAUGAAUUCACCCAAAAGAUUUUUUUCACCCAAAAACAUUCCUGGGUUUAGGACCACAAACACCAUAUGAUCACAUAAUGCUAAACUUUAAUUCCAGUGCCACUUAAAUACUUUGUUAUUUAUUGUGCUUUUACGAGUUAUACCCCAUUCAUGGACCGAAGGGUGAUUUUUCGAUGACCAUCAUGUGGCAGUCCUUGACGAUCAUCUUAAUACUCAUAACUUACUUGUUUUGUUAUCUGUCUUGUUACAAUUAGUUAAUUCAUUCCUAUUCCACCUACAUUAUCGGACAUAAUAAACAUAUUAAACAUG